GGCGAGGCGCGGGACGCACCCAUGUUCCCGGCGAGCAUGCCCCACCCCUGCCCACAUCCUUACCCGCCGGCCGCCAAAGCCGGGGAUGGCUGGAGGUUCGGAGCCAGGGGCUGCCAGCCCGCACCCCCCUCCUUCCUCCCCGGCUACAGACAGCUCAUGGCCGCAGAGUACUUCGACAGCUACCAGCGAGCGCAGUUCAUGGCUCUGCUGUCGCGGAUGGGUCCCCGGCCGGUCAGCAGCCGCGACGCUGCGGUGCAGGUGACCCCGCGUCGCGACGCCUCGGUGCAGUGUUCGCUCGGGCGCCGCACACUGCAGCCUGCACGGCGCCGAGCCAGCCCCGACGCCCGGCCGGGGUCCUGCCAACCUCUGAGCCCCGCCGGCGCCCGGAGACCCCCGCGAUCCUGGCGCAGCGUCGCCCUGUACUCGCCCGUGACCUUCUGUGGCCUCUCCUCCUCGCUGGAGGUUGCGGGCUGCGGGCAGACGUCCAGGAAGGGAGAGGGGAGCGCGGCACCCGCGGGGACCCGGGAGCCGGAGCCGGGAGAGGUGGCGGUGAUGAAAGCGGUCCCCCAGCAUCGAAGUGAGGAGAGCGACAUCCAGGCUGAAGGGCCGGCAGGGUGGGAGCAGUCACCGCGGGAGGACCCGGACAGUGUGGCGGCGAUGCAGUCUGAGCCUGGGAGUGAAGAGCCAUGUCCUGCCACAGAGAUGGCUCAGGAUCUCGGUGACUCGGCUUCCCCUGGAGUCCGGGCCUCCCCGCAGAGCACCGAGCAGGACAAGGAGCGCCUGCGUUUCCAGUUCUUAGAGCAGAAGUAUGGUUACUAUCACUGCAAGGACUGCAAUAUCCGCUGGGAGAGCGCCUAUGUGUGGUGUGUGCAGGGCACCAGCAAGGUGUACUUCAAACAGUUCUGCCGAGUGUGUCAGAAAUCCUACAACCCUUACCGAGUGGAGGAUAUCACCUGUCAAAGUUGUAAAAGAACUAGAUGCGCCUGCCCAGUCAGACUUCGCCACGUGGACCCUAAACGUCCCCAUCGCCAAGACUUGUGUGGGAGAUGCAAGGACAAACGCCUGUCCUGCGACAGCACCUUCAGUUUCAAAUACAUCAUUUAGUGAAAGUCGGGAAAAAAAAGCGGGUUUCUGCACGAUGGGGCAAAUGGAUCGGUCAAGUGAGCUUUCUCCCGUGCCCCUUCCCCUCUCCCCCUCUCCCUUUUCAAAAUACUUCAUGAAAGGCAGUGUACUUUGCUAUAAAGCCUGUGAAUAAAAGGUAUUGCAAACA